AUGGAUUCAACCAAAAACAUUUCUCCCACCCCAAUUCCCAACAAGUCCCAGACAGGAGAAGCAGGUGCAACUCCUGGCCUGGGCAAAAGAAAGAAGGGCCUUUCGGGCGAAGAUGCUGACAAUGUCAGCAUCUGGGACAUACCCAAGAGAACAUCGUUGGGGUGGUCACCAUUUUUGGUGAUCUCCCCAAAAGAUGAAAAACAAGACACAAAUCUGACUACAUUAAGCGUCUUCAAAAUUCACAAAUCACUCAAACAUUUCGGUAUUUACAAGCCAAAAUAUAUAAAAAAUCUAGGAUCCACGGACCUCCUGAUACAAGUCAGUUCCAGCAUUGAAUCAGGCAAACUGUUGGCCUGCACCUCGUUUGGUGGCAUCCCUGUAUGUGUUCAGCCUCACAGGAGUCUGAACACAUCCAAGGGUGUCAUCAAAAGCCGAGAGCUCUACGGCUGUACCGAAGAAGAAAUGGUUCAGGAGGUCGAUGGAAUUGUCCAUGCUCGUCGUAUCAAAAUACGGCGGGAUGGCAAGGAAAUCUGUACCAACACGUGGAUCCUUACCUUCAACACACCCACACCACCAACAAAAUUAGACAUCGCAUACUUAGAACUCGAAGUUAGACCAUAUAUACCGAAACCGAUGCGCUGUUUCAACUGUCAGCGCUUCGGACACACACAGCUACGCUGUCGUCGUGGCGCAGCGUGUCCUCGCUACGGCAAGGAGGGACACUCUGGGGAGACCUGCUCUGCAGAUCCCUGGUGCCCAAAUUGUCGACAGGGGGGUCACUCUGCAUCUUCGACGGAGUGUCCGAGGUCGUGUCAGGAGAAAGCCAUCCUCACACAUAGGGCCCAGUACGGCGGAACGUUCGCUCAAGCAAGAGCAACGCUAUACCCAAAAGGAUCGACGCCAAAGAAUACAACAAAAACAUAUUCAGAAGUCCUGAAGACUGUCCCAGGGCAGAACUCUCUUAUCUUUUGA